AUGUAUAAUAAAGUAAAAGGGAAUGAAUUAAUCAAUACUACUGAAAAACACUAUCCCCCGCUGAUAGAUCCUUUUUAUUCAAUGAUAUCGAGACCGCCAAAUGUGCUUCAAAGUAUUCCAAUCAAUCCAGACAACAAGCUGUACGCCGAAUGGAAUAAUUCAGCAUCUGACUAUUUUAAAGAAAUCAACUACACAGACAAUCAUAGUAGUGGUAUACACCCGUUGUAUAAGUUAAGUCAAGCGUGUAGACAAGUUGACAGACUGUUGAUUGGUGAGGCACAGGAGGCAGUGAACACUUUCAACAGUAACAUUAAAAAGUCUUCAGGGAAACAACAGAAAUUAAUUGAAAGAAAAAGUAGAAAUUAUCAGUACUGAAGAUUGCAGCAGAGACGAUAUUCAAAAGUGACGUGAUUUUGACGAGAAAUUCAAUAACCUUUGAAAUCCUUCUUCAUACAUUCAAUCUUUACCUUUUGAUGCUAUUUAAUCAUUCCACUAGUUC